GAUGGCCAUGGCGGACGGGGCCGGUAGCAACGGGGACGCUGCGGGGCCGCUGGUGGGCAAAGAGGCGGUGGAGCGGCUGAUCCGGGAGAACGGACACAUUUUCACCGAGGCGCAGUGCAAGGUGUGCAGCGCCCUGCUCAUCUCCGAGUCACAGCGGCUGGCUCACUACCAGAGCAAGAAACACGCCAACAAGGUGAGACGGUACCUGUCCAUCCACGGCGGGGAGGAGGGUGCCCACGGGAAGAAGAUGAAGCUGGAGGUGAAGCAGGACAGCAAGCAGGAAGGCAGCAAUGGGGAGGACAGGAACAAGUGUUGUCCCAUCUGCAACAUGACCUUCUCCUCUCCAGCUGUGGCAACAUCUCACUACUUGGGCAAGACUCAUGCCAAGAACAUGAAGCAGCAGGCCCCCAAAGUAGGAGAAACGGUGCCCCCACAGAAACACCCUGCUGCCCUCCCCACCUCUACUGCAUCUUCUAACGAAGAGAACAAGGACAUUACUGACCCGGACAAGUUCUGUAGCCUCUGCCAUGCCACUUUCAACAACCCCCUUAUGGCAAAACAGCACUAUGUAGGCAAGAAGCAUAGAAAGCAGGAGACCAAACACAAGCUGAUGGCGCACUACGGCCGAACCCCCGAUGCACCAGCGUCAUCCUUCAUGGCUGGGAAGGGCUACCCCUGCAGCACAUGUAACAUAGUGCUGAACUCCAUAGAGCAGUACCAAGCUCACAUCAGUGGCUUCAAACACAAGAAUCAGAUGCCAGGAGCAGUGCCGGUUGUCGGACCGUUCCCGCCACAGCAGUAUGUCCGGGAAGAGUCAACUGCCCCAGGAGGCUACAGUUACUUCAGCCAAGACUUCUAGAGCAAGUUGCAGCACUAUUCUUGGAGUUGUUGGUGGCCCCAGAAAGCACAUCCUUUGCCAGCCCACAAUGGUUUCAUUAUCCCUCCGGAUAAGCAAAGCCCUACCCUCCUGUAUACACCCAUUGAGCAGAACCGGGACUGAAUCUGUCAGGAAAAGGAUCCAGCUGGAAGAGACUUGCUAGACAGCAAAUACUUCA